AUGUCCUCCGCACCACAUCGCAUGGACCCGUCCUCCGCGGACCAAACAGCAGUGUUUGCGGCUGUUUUCGUUGUCCGAGAUGCAGCGCAGCGGUGGGACAAGGCAGUCGCCUUUUCUGGCAGGUGCGAGAUCAGCGUCGACGUCGCGACCGACUCGAUCAUAGUACAGCACAAAGACCGCGGCUGGCGCAUAACCUUCCCCAUGGCGUCGCAGGUCAAGCGGCUUGUUCCCUGCCAAUCUUGCCGGCUCGAUCGGGUCAGCCGCGACGGGAGGCUUUGCGAUGACGGCUUCCCUUGCAGCACAUGCCAGCAGCGAGGCUCUCGUUGCAUCGCGCGCAGCGUUCUUCUUUCUAGCACGCAGGCUAUCGAUGGAGAGGCUGAGAUGGAAGCGGCGGCGGAAGAGGCCAGCCUGGUUGACCGCCAUCAUGCGCAUUUCGCCUUCUCCACCUGGUCUUUCGGUGCUGGGCCGCCCAACACGUACGAAGGCUACCUGCCGCUGGCCGUUCCGCAGACGCCCUCCUGUGCUAUAGUGGUGUCAUCGUCGUCGCGCAUACUCCCAGCAACUCCGCCGCUGCUACUGAAGGCGGAUUCCGAUGUGCGCAGGUCCAACCGUCUCCAAGAACAGAAGCGCAGGGCGGACGACACGCCGGUUCCUCGACCGCGCCUGACCGCCGCCCAGUGCGUGGCACGUAUGCGCAAGCUGGCGGCGGCGAGGUAUCUCAAUUCGACCAGCACGGUCGGCUAUGGCCUCGAACCACAACACCCGCCGCCCACGGUGGACCUCGGCGGGCUCGAACUCACCAUGGCCGAGAUAUCCGUCUUCCUGCUGAAUCUGGCCCACCGUCCCGAGGGUGCGAUGCGCAUCGUCAAUAGCGCGUGGACGCCCCAUCAUUUCUGCUCAUACCACAACUACUGCCGUGGCCUCAAGGGUGAGACGAGACGCCGCGGCCAACGCAGUGAGGGCGCUGUGCGCUCCACCAUUACCAAGAGCAUCCAGAAGACCAUGCGCAUCAUCACCGACGAAGACGACUGGCUGCAAACCUACCAUACCCCAGCCCCCACUCACGAUCUGAGCACCUCCAGCUGGGCCCGCCUCGCCGACAACCCGCCCGACCACUCCUUGCGUCAGAUGGGCUCCCAGAUCCGCCACUGGCCUCCCGAGAAGCACUCUCUCAACCUCACCCGUGCUGUGAGAUUCGCCGUCGAGAACCCACACAUCCCGGACAGCCAGCUUCGCUUCCCCACCCACGUCCGCUCUAUCGUCGAACGCCUGCCCGGCGGCUUCCGCUCUAGGACCGACGCGGCAGAUAACCUCGACCAGAAAAUCUUGAAGGACUGGAAAGACUUCCAGGAGAAGCAGGAGCUGUAA